UUGCCGAUUUCGUCAUUGAAUAAGCGGGGGUGGGAAAGGAGAGAGAGAGAGAGAGACGGAGACUCUGGGACCUAGUGGCGCUACUCGCCGAGGAAUCAGUCUCAGGCGCAGCCCCCAACAUCAGCAACCCCCCAGGCCAGAAGUUGUUAAAAAAAUCAGUGUUUAAUUUGCAGAUCUGCAAGGAGAAGAGGGGAAAAGGACAGAGAGAGAGAGGCUGACAGCAGGGGGAGGACACAAGGAGAGAGAGAGAGAGAAAGAGAAGGCGAGUGGAAAUUAACCAGGGCAGAGUUUGCUCGGCUCCCGGCCCCAGGAUUCAUGUCCGCGGCUGCGGGAAGGUGUCGCUGACCGGCGGCUGCCCGGACAUCACAGCGGCCGUUGUCUGCAACUUGAGCGCUGGGUGACAGUCAAUCCGUGGCCGAAGAGAGAGGGGGGGACAUGACAUCCAGCUGAUCGAGAGAGGGGAGGAACAGGAAAAGCAGGCAGGCAGGCAGGCAGGCAACCCGCCGCCGCCGCUGGAAACUAGCGUGAAACCCGCUGCAAAAUCAACCUUUCACCGGGCAAGCGGGACACACGAACAGCGGGAGAUGUCUGUACCAAAUGUACUUGCUAAAGCCUUGUACGAUAAUGUGGCUGAAUCACCAGACGAGCUGACGUUUCGCAAAGGGGACAUCAUGACGGUUUUGGAACGGAACACCGGGGGCUUGGACGGCUGGUGGCUCUGCUCUCUACACGGACGGCAAGGUAUCGUGCCCGGAAACCGGCUCAAGAUCCUGGUGGGAAUGUACGACAAGAAACAGCCGAACUCCAGCCAAGCACUGCAGCACCCCCAGUCACCACAGCCUUACCAGCAGCAGAAUGUUUACCAAAUGCCAUCUCAGUCCUCGCAGUACACAGCCAUGCACCCAGCCUACGCACCCCAGGGUGACGAUGUCUACAUGAUGCCCUCGUCCAACAAAGCGCAGCAGAGCGUGUAUCAGGUCCCCCCCAACCUGCAGAACCAGUCGAAUAAGUACCCAGCCACCCCAACGAAGCAGCAGCAACAGACCAUGUAUCAGAAGUCCACAUCUCAAGGCCAGUUGACCCAGUCCAUCAACUCAAGCCAGGAGAUUUACCAGGUGCCUCCGUCUAUGAAUCAACCCCAGGACAUCUACCAGGUCCCAUCAAUGAGUCCACCUCAGGAUAUCUAUCAGGUGCCCCCAUCCAUGGGCCCUGCACAGGACAUCUACCAAAUACCUCCAUCUAUGAAUCCAUCCCAGGACAUCUAUCAGGUGCCCCCUUCCAUGAAUCCAACCCAGGACAUCUACCAAGUGCCCCCUUCCAUGAAUCCAACCCAGGACAUCUACCAAGUGCCCCCUUCCAUGAAUCCAACCCAGGACAUCUAUCAGGUACCUCCUUCCUUGGAGAAGAGGAACUGGGAAGGAACAAAACCAGUUGGAAAGGUAGUCCUUCCAACUAGAGUUGGAGGCGUUUAUGUUUAUGACACACCUCCGCAGAUGGAGCAAGAUGAAUACGACAUCCUUCCAUCGAGAAAUCUCCCUCCAGCUACUCAGCAGGAGAUUUAUGAUGUGCCUCCAAAUCGAGGAGGAACAGAAUCUACUGGCAAUCAAUAUGGGCAAGAGGUCUACGACUUCCCUCCAUCCGUGAGCAAGGACAUUCCCGAUGGCCUUGUCUCAGAAGAUACGUAUGACGUCCCGCCAUCCUUCUCCCACAGGACAUCGAAGAGUCCAGAUUCCAUGAGAUUUGUCCCCCAGGCCCCCGUGGCACACGACAACUAUCCCGUCGAUGAUGUCUACGAUAUACCUCCGCCAGCCGGGAAACUUGCAGACACGUCCCUCAACCAGGAGAUCUACGACGUCCCUCCCAACCAGAAGCUUCUUGUAUACCAGACGUCCCUACAAGACAUUUACGAUUUUCCAAGGGAUCUCGGAGUCCCGACCUCUGGAGGGAAGGUCCUCUCCAACGAGGAGCCAGCUGGAGAUUAUGUCUACGAUGUGCCGCCUCAGGUAUGCAGAGAUGCCGCAACGGAAGAAACCACCAACAGCUACAAGAGGCAUUCGGCUUCCAGCACAGGGAGUACAAAGAGCAAUAUUUCGACGUCUUCUCUCGACGUCAUUCCUGUGAAGGAGUCCUCCAACGCUUUGCCCAAGCCGAGCAGCAAGGAGCUGAACCUGGACUUGGAGGUGGCCAUGGAGAUUCUGGCAAAGCACCAGCAAAGCGUGGAGAGCUCCAUCUCCUACCUCAUGUCCUUCAUUGUCACCAGCUGGCGGGGGCGCGAACACAUGGAGGCCAACGUGCAGAACAUCAAGGCCGGGGCUGAACAAGUGAAGAACUCCGUGAAGGACCUGCUGGAGUUUGCGCGCGGAGCGGUGGCCAACUCCAUGCAAGCCACCGACCGCACUUUGUACACCAAGCUGAGCAAGCAGGUGCAGAAGAUGGAAGAUGUCUACCAGCUUCUCCUCAAGCACAGCCAGGCGCUGGACAACUGCAACUGGGCUCUCAACGUCUUGGUAAUAAACAAGCAGAACUCCGCCGAUGACCUGGAUCGGUUUGUGAUGUACUCGCGGGGCAUCCCCGACGACACCAAGCAGCUCGCCUCCUUCCUGCACGGCAACGCCUCGCUGCUCUUCAAACGGACAAAACAACAGCAGCAGCAGCUGGGCGACGUGAGGUCCAGCGUCCCUCUGCCUGGCCUCGAGAGUGGCAGCCACUCGACAAACAAUAACACCAUCAAUCACUACCAGACUGGCUCAACAGACAAGGCCAACAUUCAGGCAAGGCCCCUGCCCUCUCCACCCAGAUACACAGCUGAAGGAUGUCCAGAUACACAGUAUGACAACAAUGGCAGUGGCUGGAUGGAGGACUACGACUAUGUUCACUUGCAGGGCAAGGAGGAGUUUGAGAAAACACAAAAGGAGCUUUUGGAGAAAGGGAACAUCGUACGUCAAGGCAAAGCCCAGCUUGAGCAACAACAGGUUAAACAGUUUGAGCGGCUUGAGCAGGAGGUGACGAGACCGAUCGAGAACGACCUGUCAAACUGGACACCCUCACAGCAGUACGGCCAGCUGAAGAGCAGGCUGAGCCCCUCGGACAAGCAGCUCCUCUUGUUUUACUCGGAACAGUGCGAGCUAAACGUGACCACGCUGAUCAACGCCAUCGAUGCCUUCUUCACAUCCAUCAACGCCAACCAGCCCCCCAAGGUCUUUGUGGCCCACAGCAAGUUUGUGAUCCUCAGCGCGCACAAGUUGGUUUUCAUCGGGGACACCCUCUCCCGCCAGGCCAAGUCACAAGAGGUGCGCAACAAAGUCACGCACUACAGCAACCUCCUGUGCGAGAUGCUGAAAUAUAUCGUGGUCACGACAAAGACUGCAGCUCUACAAUAUCCGUCUGGCACCGCAGCCAAAGAGAUGAUGGACAGAGUCACCGAACUAUCGCACUGUACACAUCAGUUCAAGAUGAUGCUGGGCCAGUUAGCGGCCAUGUGAGGCAGGGGGGGACCUGCGGUUAAGACUACAUUUAAAGACUGAAAGCAAAACUCAGCUGUAAAUGGAUCAUUGUAAAUAUUGGCCUUCCACUUACCCACCAAGGGAAGAGAGCUUUUGUUUCGUUAGACCCCGCUGUUUCUUAUUAAUCAGAAGGAUAUUUAAAUUCUAAAUGCUGUAGUGGUUCCUGUUUCUCCUUUUUAAAUGUUAUUUUAACAUCGCAGUCGAUAAUACAAAGUGGAAAUAAUUUCAUUGUCGAUUUUAAAUUGCAAGCCUAUGUUCUAGUUUGAAGCAUCAUUAAAGGUGAAAGGAGGUUCACUAGAGCAUUGAAAAUUGAGCGGUUUUCUACUGUGACAAUUAACUGAGUCACUUUUUCAUUGUCAUGUAAAAAGCAAUGAAACGUCUCUGCUGAUUUUUAAGAGUUUUAGAAUUCUGUAUGACAUCAUUAACAGCCUCUGUGUGGAGAGACAAAGAGAGAGAGGAGCUGACAAGCAGGUGGUAAACGUACCUGUUCCAAUUGCAUUAUAUGUUUUCAAAACAAAAAUGUUAUUCAAAAGUUUUCGGAUGGAUUUGAAUCAUACCUCAUUCAGUAGGCAGUAUGCGUUCCAUUGCAUUUCAAUAUUUGUGAUUAGUUUUGCCCGCGCUUUUCAGCAAAUGCAAAUGAAUUGGUGCCUUGAAAUUAUGAAAAGCUUCUGUUGGUGAACAGAACUAGAAUCAUUUGCCGCCUGCAGUCACAUUGGAUCUCAAGGUGUGGGGAUGCAAAAAAAUAUAUAUCACUGACGGUCAGUGUCAUUUUAAUGACGUAUUUAAGUUUCUGUGUCUUUUAUACGAGUAGUGUAUAAAAAUCAAAAUCAUGUGUUCAACAUUUGCUCUGAAUAUAUUUGCAAAUGCGAUUUGUUGAACCGACCAAGUUGUGUUUCAUCCGAAACGAUGACUGGAAGAAGUAGGACAACUUCAUUUGAACUUCUUAACCAAAGACUGCCUGAGGGCAUCAGACUCUAUUGACCGUUUAUUGUUGGAGCUGCAAUAUAACAUCAAAAUUAGCUUCAGAGCUGACGGCCUUUGAUCAGUCAAUUACUGGAGUCCAUAAUCUUAUUUCCAUACACGAGCUAGGUAUCCCCCUUUACAUUGCAGAAGUAUCGUCGAGGAUUGCAGCCAUUUCUACGCACUAUGCUUCAAUGAGGAUGACGGAUCAUUUAUUAACCUUUAGUUAUCCGACCUGCAUGAGGUACCAUCUUACACACUCCCGAUUUUAUUUUAUAAUAGAGAAGAUUUUACGUACGUUUGAAAUUUAAAAGGCUGAUAUUUGAUGUAAUUGGAGGGUUAUAACCUUGUAAGCAAUGUAUCUUUGUUUGUAUAUGUCUGCACAUUAUGUGAAUAUAAGCAAUUGUGUCGGACAAGUGCCGGCCAAAGACUUGAUCUUGCUUCUGUGGGAAAAGAGAAUUCUGCAGCCAAAUUUUACUCAUUAGACAAGGGCGGAACACCCCCAAGCUGUGCACUGACCUGUUCGUGAACAGAAGAGGACAAUGUAAUCAAGCGAAUCUUGGCACAACAGCCCGGCAAUAACUUAAGAUUGUACAACAGAUCCAACAAACAGGUGGGUGCUGGAGAUUCUGCCCAGCAGUGCCAGAGUUUACACAGCUCUGCUUCAGUAAGUUAAUCAGUUAGAAAUUAAAUUAAAAGUUAUCCAAGUUAUGGGUUAAGAAUUGCAAUGUAAAAGGGGCUUAAAGUAAUUCUGACAUCAAUAUUCGUUGCUGGAGCUUCUACAGUCAUGCUGGAAACUCGUGGUAGUUUUAAAAUUAAAAAAAAAUAUUUUAUCCUUUAUUCUGUUUCUGAUCUUAACAUUUUGGUGAAACACUACUGUAAAUGUGAUGUAUUCUUUGCAGUGCUACUGGUUCAUAUCCAUCAGAAUGUUUAUUUCUCUCACACAGUGAUUGGUUUAGGGUGGCUGUUGACUUUUGUAUUAUAUUCAACUGGAUUUAUUUUUAAUUAUUAAACAGGCUUAAGAACCAUAAAAA